AGAAUUAUUGUAAGAAACCCUAGCCGCCUCCUGUCAUUCCGUUCAGGCACAGCUCAGUAGCACCGCCGCGCCGCUGCCGCCACCGUUCCCUUCCUCACAGUCACCGAUCUUCUUCCUCCCUCUCUCCAUCUCGAUUCCUCUCUCUCUCUUUCAUGUUUCAGUUUAGAGGUCGGUUCUACGAUUUUAUUCUCAAACCGAUUAGGUUCUGUUCGAAACCAAUAUUUUCUCAUGGGUUCGGUUCUCAAAUCUGACAAACCCAGACCGUAGCUUAGGAGUCGGCAGAGGAAGGGGACGAAAUUCUCUUCAUUCACUGCUUCUCUCUGUCUUCAAGAUUAGUAUUAGUUACCAUUCGAAAGUUCUCUCUCGUAGCAGCAGGUGGCCGCUUCUUCUCCCUCUGAAUAAUCGUUUUGCGGCAGAUCUGGAGAAGGCAUGCAUGAGGAAUAAUUAUUUUGGAAUGUGACAACUAGGUAGGUCAUGGCAGAAUCAAACUCGCCUGGUUCAUUUCAACCUCCUCCUGUUCCUCCACCCCCUAUGGUUAUUGAUGGGACGGACCAUGAUGUAGCACUGGCCUCUUCCAAAUUUAUUACUCGUAAAGAACUGCUUGUGCGACGGUCCCGGAGGGUGAAGCAACUUAUUCGAAUCUAUAAGGCAUUUUACUGGGCUUUAAUGGAGGAUUUCAAGCGCAAGUUCAGGGAGUAUUAUUGGACAUACGGCAAGAGUCCAUUUAAGGAGGAUGAGAAGGAGGCCGAGGGCAUUGGUGAUUAUCCAGAGGGUAUUGGGGAGAAUGGAAAGUUUGGAAUUGGUUCUGCAGCCGGGAGCGAUGAUAUUAGGAGGUGUGACGUUACAGGUUGCAAGGUAAAGGCGAUGGCAAUGACGAAAUACUGUCAUGCCCAUAUCCUCUCGGAUUCAAAGCAGAGGCUCUACAAGGGUUGCACCUUUGUAAUCAAGAGUAUGCCGUCGGGACCGCUUCUGUGUUCGAAGCCUGUUUUAAGAUCUACUGUUCCCUGCUAUUGCCCUGGUCAUCUACAAAAAGGCGAGAAGUGUUUAGCAAGAGAUUUAAGAAAAGCAGGUCUUAAUAUCUCCUCCACUAGUAAGCUUCGUCCGGAGUUGCAUGUAUUGUUAUCUGAAUACGUCCGCCAAAUACAGCUCAAAAGGAGGGCGAUGAGAAAGGCAACUGCUGUUAAAACCGAGACGAACUGAAAAGGUGAAGACGAAAACAACUAGUUAGUUAGUUAGGCCGGCCCCCAGUUUGAGUAAGAAUAGGUACUUGGCAUGGCCUUCUGUGUAUUCAAUACAAACCUUACACUCCUAUGGCAAAAAUUGUUAAUAAAUCAAUUUUCGUGUACGAUUCAA